AUGCUGAAAGGAAUUUUUUGUGGUAAGCUGAUUAUUCUGUUCAAAGAGGGAAUUGAGUCGCAAAGUUGUCAUACAUCUUGUCUGAAGGCGCGAUGUUUUGGUACCUUGCUGUCGGAGUGUUGUAAUUAUUUCAAGGACGGAGUGUGUGUGAGCAGCUGUGGAGCUCGAUACACGGCAGCACCCAAUGAUACAUGCAUCUGUAAUAACAGCUGGACGGGAGCUGAUUGUCAAGUGUGUUCGCUUCAGUGUACACACGGAGGUACCCAGGAUUCUGACUGCUUGUCAUGCUCAUGCAUGGCUGGAUUCACUGGACAACUGUGUGAUACUGAUAUUAAUGAAUGUACGUCGGAUCCUUGUCAGAAUGGUGGCACAUGUCAGGAUGGAGUCAAUCUGUAUGCGUGCGAUUGCUUGAGCGGUUUCACUGGUGUUCGUUGUGAGACGAACGUAGAUGAGUGUGCAUCUUUGCCUUGUCAAAAUGGAGGAACAUGCGAUGAUGGCAUUGACGGUUAUACCUGCAGUUGUACGGCCGGUUAUACUGGAAUUGAUUGUGAAAUUGAUAUUGACGAGUGCAUGUCUCGUCCUUGUCAGAACGGGGCAAGCUGCGUCAACGAUGUGAAUCGCUAUUUGUGUAACUGUGUGGAUGGAUACACGGGAACACAGUGUGAGACAAACGUGGACGAAUGUCACUCUCAACCCUGCAGACACUUGGGCAUGUGUAUAGAUCAAGUGAAUGGCUACCAGUGUUCAUGCAUUCCCGGAUACACAGGAAGUUUGUGUGAAACUGAUAUCAAUGAGUGUGUCUCUAACCCCUGUCAACAUUUUGGCUCGUGCAGCGACCGAAUAAACGAAUACGCGUGUGCAUGUACCUCGGGAUACACCGGAACGAAUUGUGAGACAGACGUGAACGAAUGCACUUCGUCACCGUGUCAACACUCUGCAAGAUGUAUAGACAGAGUUGAUGGGUACAUGUGUACCUGUGUUGCUGGCUACACUGGAAUUCAUUGUGAGACCGAUAUCGACGAAUGUGUCUCAUCUCCGUGCAUGAAUAACGGCGUAUGCCUUGAUCGAGUCAACCAAUAUGUAUGCAGCUGUGCGUUGGGCUUCACGGGAAUUCUGUGUGAAACGAACAUUGACGAAUGCGUGUCUCAACCGUGUCAGAAUGGAGGCAGCUGCGUGGACGGCGUGAACGAGUACAGCUGCACAUGUAUGGCAGGAUACACCGGUACACAUUGUGGGGUUAAUAUCAAUGAGUGCUCAUCAAGUCCUUGUUUGAACUUGGGCACAUGCAUUGAUGGUGUGGAUGAGUAUACAUGCGGCUGUCCGUUGGGCUACACAGGUGUGCACUGCGAGACGAACAUCGAUGAAUGUUUCUCCAGUCCGUGUGAAAAUGGCGGAACGUGUGUAGACGAUGUAAACGGUUACAGUUGUGACUGUUUGGCUGGAUAUACGAGCACUUUUUGUGAGACCAAUGUGGACGAAUGCGUUUCAAGUCCAUGCCAGAAUUCAGGCAUGUGCAACGAUGGUGUAAACAUGUAUGUAUGCGUGUGUCCAGAUGGAUUCUCUGGCAUUGAAUGUGAAACUAAUGUCGACGAGUGCGGUUCGAAUCCUUGCCAGAAUGGUGCGACAUGCGUAGACGGCAUGAACGAGUAUAACUGCAUGUGUGUGGCAGGAUACACCGGUACAGACUGUGGGGUUAAUAUCAACGAGUGCUCAUCAAGUCCUUGUUUGAACUCAGGCACAUGCAAUGAUGGUGUGGAUGAGUAUACAUGCGGCUGUUCGUUGGGCUACACAGGUGUGCACUGUGAGACGAACAUCGACGAAUGUUUCUCCAGUCCGUGUGAAAAUGGUGGAACGUGUGUUGAUAAUGUAAAUGGUUACAGUUGUGACUGUUUGGCUGGAUAUACGGGCACCAUUUGUGAGACCAAUGUGGAUGAAUGCGCUUCAAGUCCAUGCCAGAAUUCAGGCACAUGCAACGAUGGUGUAGACAUGUAUGUAUGCGUGUGUCCAGAUGGAUUCUCUGGCAUCGAAUGUGAGACUAAUGUCGACGAGUGCGGUUCGAAUCCUUGCCAGAAUGGUGCGACAUGCGUAGACGGCAUGAACAUGUAUAACUGCAUGUGUGUGGCAGGAUACACCGAUACACACUGUGGGGGUAAUAUCAAUGAGUGCUCAUCAAGUCCUUGUUUGAACUCGGGCACGUGUCGAGAUGAAGUAGAUGGUUACAUGUGUAGUUGUCAAGACGGAUUUACGGGCGUAAACUGUGAGACGAAUAUCGAUGAGUGCGUGAACGUUCAGUGUGAAAACAACGCUACGUGUGUUGAUGGCGUCAACACCUUUGUUUGUCGCUGUGCGAACGGAUUUAAUGGAACACUGUGUGAGAUUGAUAUCAAUGAUUGCGGUUCCAAUCCGUGUCGACAUGGAGCUACGUGUCACGACGGUAUUGGUGGAUAUUUUUGUGAGUGUGUUUCUGGCUACACGGGAGCGUCGUGUGAGACAGAUGUCGACGAGUGUGGAUCACGACCGUGUCAGAAUGGCGGGACGUGUAGUGAUGACGUUGAUGGGUUUGUAUGCGUGUGUGUUGAUGGAUACAGCGGGUUGCUGUGUGAGACUGACAUCGAUGAGUGUGACUCGCAUCCAUGUGUCAAUAAUGGUGGUUGUCUGGAUGGAGUGAAUGCCUUCGAUUGUUUGUGCUCGUUUGCGUACACUGGAGUUCAGUGUGAAACGGAUGUCGACGACUGUGUUGUGAAUCGGUGUCAGAAUGGUGGACAGUGUGUUGAUGGAGUCGGAACGUUUAGCUGCCAGUGUGUCGACGGCUAUUCGGGUAGACAGUGUGAGACGGAUGUCGAUGAGUGUGUGUCAACGCCGUGUGUGUACAACGGGACGUGUAGAGACCGGGUGGACGGAUACUCAUGUGAUUGUCAUUCGGGUUUUAGCGGAUCGACAUGCGAAACAGACCUGAAUGAAUGUGAAUCGUCGCCGUGUUGGAAUGGAGGCACGUGCGAGAAUCUGUUUGGCGGUUUCUACUGCCGUUGUUUGCGUGGAUACACAGGAGUUCAGUGUGGCACUGACGUUGACGAAUGUGGUUCAAAUCCUUGCCAAAAUGGCGGCCUGUGUGGAGACGUGAUCGAUGCAUAUGUGUGCGCAUGCUCUAAUGGCUACACUGGAGUGAACUGUGAGAGUGAUAUCAAUGAGUGCGUUAGUCGUCCGUGUGAGAAUGGUGGACUAUGCACCGAUAGUGUCAAUCAGUAUGUAUGUAGUUGUGCUGGUGGAUUCACCGGACGCGACUGCGAAUCAGAUGUCGAUGAUUGUAGUUCGUCUCCGUGUCGGAAUGAGGGCAAUUGUACGAAUCGUUUGGGACCCGGCUACGAAUGCGUUUGUCCGCCGGGAUUCAAUGGAACGGAUUGUGAGGUGGACGUCGACGAAUGUAUGUCAACGCCUUGCGAGAACGCCGGACGUUGUACCGAUGGUGUGCAUACAUUCUCGUGCAGCUGUGUGGCUGGAUUCACCGGAGACACAUGUAGUGUAGAUAUCAAUGAGUGUGUGAACUCGUCAUGUCGUAAUGGAGCAAGAUGUGUGGAUGGGAUCGACGGCUACACGUGCAGUUGCCUACCCGGAUUCACAGGCAUCGAAUGUGAAACCGAUGUCAAUGAGUGUCUGUCCAGUCCGUGUGGCGGGAAUUCGACGUGUAGAGACGGUGUCAAUGGGUUCGCGUGUCUCUGCGAGUCGGGAUACACAGGACGAGUUUGCGAGACCGAAAUCGAUGAAUGUGUGUCGUCGCCAUGCAGAAACGGCGCCUCAUGUGUCAACAUGAUUGGCUCAUUUGUUUGCAAUUGUCUUUCUGGAUUUACUGGAAGGCAAUGUGAGAUGGACAUUGACGAUUGUAGGCCCGAUGUCUGUCUCAACGACGGCUCUUGUAUUGACAUGGUUGAUGCAUACGUUUGCAAGUGUUUGGACGGUUUUACUGGCGAACGUUGCGAAAGUGAAAUCGACGAGUGCCGAUCGAAUCCUUGCACAAACGGAGGCGAGUGCCAAGAUUUGAUUGGGAGAUUUCAUUGCGCAUGCGUAGAUGGAUUUGGAGGAGAGGACUGUGGUGAUGACAUCGACGAAUGUGGCAAAUCGCCGUGUCACAACAGAGCGAUUUGUGUAAACUCUGUUGGCAGCUUCACGUGCAUCUGCAAACCAGGAUACCAAGGAAAGAUGUGUGAUGUCUUCGACGACGUCUGUUCUGACAGUCCGACUUUAUGUGGACAUGGUAUGUGCGUUACUCUACCAAUCGUUCCACGAGAAAGAGAAAUCGAGUUGGAACCGAGUGAGGACGAGCCGUCAUACUGUGAGUGCGUCGACCAGUUUUUUGGACGACAGUGCGAGAAUGUGCUUGACACGUGUAGAGACAAUCCGUGUCUGAAUGAAGGUGUUUGUGAGUUAAGGAAUGGCAUACCAUCAUGCCAAUGCUUUGGAUUUUGGAAGGGCGCCAUCUGUGACAAUUGCACAUUGCCUUGUCUCCAUGGCAACAUCGAUCCUACCUGCUCAAUGUGCACUUGUCAGGGCAACUGGGAGGGACGUGAUUGUUCCCAUUGUGCACAAGUAAUCGACAAAGGCCAAUGUGUGUCAAAGUGUUCACGCGAAGACUACCUCGUAUUUGAAGAGACAAAUGAGUGUUUCGGUAGCCACAUUAUAUAA